CGGGACGAGGCGGAGGCGGUGGCGGUGGCCGCUGCAGUCUUCCCUGGCAGAACUCAGGACUCCUUCCCUCGGUCCGGUCGGCGGGUCCCCGCUGGUGGCAGGCCCCAACCCCAGGAGAACCAGUUGUGGAACUCUGGGACAUGUAAACUUCCCUUUGAUGAGGACAAGUUGUCACUGGCCAGUACCUUGAGCUUCCUGCUUUUGAGAACCUCUACACCUGCAGUUGACUUGUAGAGGCUUUUUUGUUUUUCUCACAAGGAACUUCUGAAACCUUUCUUUAGUUAAAACCAGCAAACCAUUCACAGUUUUGGAACUUAAAGAAUGUCAUCAUGGCAAAAUUUCGAAGAAAGACUUGCAUCAUUUUGUCACUUUUUAUUCUAUUUAUUUUCUCUCUGAUGAUGGGCUUAAAGAUGCUGAGGCCAAAUACAGCAUCCUUUGGAACUCCUUUUGGGCUUGACCUUCUUCCAGAACUUCAUCUACCAAACGCCCCCUUGGGAAACAAAGCUGACUUCCAAAAGAGUGAUAGAAUCAACAUGGAAAGAAAUACGAAGAACCCAAAAGCUGCUGACAUUCCUGUGAGGCCACCCAAAGCCUCUGAGGCAACCCUGGAAGAACUGCCUCCUCUGAAUUAUUUUUUACACGUAUUUUAUUACAGUUGGUAUGGAAAUCCACAAUUUGAUGGCAAAUACAUACACUGGAAUCAUCCUGUCCUGGAGCAUUGGGACCCUAGAAUAGCUAAGAACUAUCCACAAGGGAGACAUACUCCACCAGAUGACAUUGGCUCCAACUUUUAUCCUGAGUUAGGAAGUUACAGCUCUCGGGACCCUUCUGUCAUAGAAACUCACAUGAGACAAAUGAGCUCAGCCUUGAUUGGAGUCCUGGCCCUUUCUUGGUACCCACCUGAUUCGAGUGAUGACAAUGGAGAAGCUACUGAUCACUUGGUACCAAUGAUUAUGGAUAAAGCUCAUAAAUAUAAUCUGAAGGUUACCUUUCAUAUAGAGCCGUAUAGCAAUCGAGAUGAUCAAAACAUGCAUAAAAAUGUCAAGUAUAUUAUAGACAAAUACGGAAACCAUCCAGCCUUUUAUAGGUACAAGACAAGUACGGGGCAAUCUCUGCCUAUGUUUUAUGUCUAUGAUUCCUAUAUAACAAAACCUAAAAUGUGGGCCAAUCUGUUAACACCUUCAGGAUCUCAGAGUGUCCGCGGUACUCCUUAUGAUGGAUUGUUUAUUGCACUUCUCGUAGAAGAAAAGCAUAAAUAUGAUAUUCUUCAAAGUGGUUUUGAUGGAAUUUAUACAUAUUUUGCCACUAAUGGCUUCACGUAUGGCUCAUCACAUCAGAACUGGGCUAAGCUGAAAUCAUUUUGUGAUGAGAACAACUUGAUGUUUAUCCCCAGUGUAGGCCCAGGAUACAUUGAUACAAACAUUCGUCCAUGGAACUCUCAGAACACGAGGAACCGCAUCAAUGGGAAGUAUUAUGAAGUCGGUCUAAGCACUGCACUCCAGACGCACCCCAGUUUAAUCUCCAUCACCUCUUUCAAUGAGUGGCAUGAAGGAACUCAGAUUGAAAAUGCUGUCCCCAAGAGAACCACUAACACAGUAUACCUGGAUUACCGGCCUCAUAAACCAAGUUAUUAUCUAGAACUAACCCGAAAAUGGUCAGAAAAAUACAGUAAGGAAAGAAUGACAUACGCAUUAGAUCAACAGCUGCCUGCUUCGUAGUGUAUUU